AUGUUGCAGGCAAGCGCUCUUGCCAAACGGAGGAGAGAUGAAACUCAAAUGUUAAAAUUCGGCCUUUUUAACAUUAGAUUGCUUACCAAUAAAGAACCUAUUAUCAAUGAAAUAAUUACUGACCAAAACUUAGAUGCACUCUGUUUAACAGAGACCUGGCUUAAAGCAGACGAUUACAUCAGUUUAAACGAAUCCACCCCAGAAGACUAUUAUUAUAAACACGUUCCUCGUCUAAAAGGGAGAGGGGGUGGUGUAGCUACAAUAUACAACAAAAUGUUCAAAGUAAACCAUAAAUCAGAACUAAAAUUUAAUUCGUUUGAAAUAAUACUGUUAAACAUGGAAAUAACUGAUCGUAACAACAAACAGCUUUCGUUCAUUUUAGCUACCAUAUAUAGGCCUCCGGGCCACCACACAGAUUUUCUUAAAGAAAUAGCAGACUUCCUAUCUGAGCUUACAGUCACUGUAGAUAAAGCUCUUAUCGUUGGUGAUUUUAAUAUCCAUGUGGAUAACUCAAAAGAUGCAUUAGGACGUGCGUUUAUGGAUGUUCUAAAUUCUCUCGGUAUUAAACAAAACGUGUCAGGACCCACGCAUAUUCGUAAUCACACAUUAGACUUAAUUCUGUCACUCGGACUCCAUAUUAAUGACAUCGAAAUAUCACCCCAGAAGCUGGAAACACUGCAGAUUCGCAGCUCUGACGGAAACAUUGCAGACUAA